AUGCUUUCCUUCGCCAAGUCCAUCCUUUUCACCUCCAUUGUGGCCAUUGCCGCUCAAGCCAUAACAACCGUCUCUUCGCCAACUCAAACAUCUCUACCUGCCUUGGCAUCCCAGGUCCCAUCCUGCGUUUCUGGAUGCCUUGGAGUCGUUCACGAAAGCAUCGGAUGUGAUGCAGGUGACAUUGUGUGUCUUUGCAAACAUAAGGCCUCUUUGAUAAGCAAGGUUGGUUUAUGUAUUGUCGGAGCACAGUGUGGUUUUGAGGACGCUACUGGCUCUACCGAUAUUGUCCGAGACAUGUGCGACUUGGUAGCUGAGGACCCUGGAACGGCCGUAAUCGCUUCUGCCUCCAAGGUCCUAGAUGCAGUUGUCGCUUCUGCUACUGUCUCCGCCGAGAGUGCGUCCACUUCUACAAAUGCUGCGGGUCCUGUCACCUAUGAUGUUGUCAAGGUUGUUGUUGUUGGUGCAGCUGCUGCUUUUUCUAUCUAA